UAUUUUCGUUAAAAUUUUACGCGGUUGUGUCAUUACGAUUUGAGUUUCCAUUUCCUUCUUUAUCAUAUUUACGAUGUUUUUGCAUAGUAUCUUUGGAAUCCUUUUCAGUUCGUCAUCAUUUGGUUAUUUGUUCGUUUCAGAAACAUUUCAGAAAACUUUGUUUCAGUUGGGAAUGGUGAUAAUUUUAACCUCCAUCUUAUUUUAUGUGUUGGUUAGCUUAUACUCUCAAGGCCUGGAGAAUGGAGGCAUUCACUAUGUUUAUACAAGAAGAGUUGAACUUAAAAUGCAGACUAUUCACAAUCCUUUUUUGUUUGAAGUAAAUCUUCAUGGGGCAAAUUAUUCAGGAGUCCAGUGUACAUUCUUUGGUGAAAAAGAUUACUACUUACUUGCUGUAUGGGGAGUUCCUAUCUACCAAUUAUUUGAACUUUUAAACUCAAGCCCUGAAUUCAUGAAGAAUUCCAUAACUUCAUCUUCAGAAAGUGAAACGUUCAGUAGCAUUUGCAAAAGCUCCAGUGAUUUGCUUUUAGUUGAAGGUGGUGAAAAGAAAACAGUGGUGUUUAGGCCUCAAAGAGGCUGUGUUGAUGAAGCUGAAAUCAAGUCUAAAGAAGAAAUAAUCAGAUCAAGUUAUCCUUUUGUUGCUAUCAUGAUUCUAAAAGAUAAUGACAAUGCUGAAAACACACUGAUUGCUAUGGCUACUGCAGUCCAUCUCCCCGAUGAUAAACUUAAGCUACCUGCACAAAUUAUCGGCCAGCAUGUGAAAUCUUCAUCUGGCUCUGUUAGUGCAGUUAAGAAAAUAUUUGUGUCUUCUCCUGAAACUUCAAGAGUUGAUGGUGAAAGUGUUCAUCUUUGUGUUGCUUGCUGUAUCAAAACUGUUUCUGCUGUUGUUAUGCCAUGUGGUCAUGCAUGCGUUUGUACUACAUGUCUUGAACGGUGCAAGAAUUGCCCUGUUUGUCGUGGACCUGCUUAUACGUACUUUGAAUUACAAAGUAUUCCUGUUCAUUAGGUAUCUCAGGCUAAUUUUUUCAUCUUUUCGACGAUCAUGAUGUUAUUUCACUGAUUUUUUACAAGGAAUGAAAAAGAGAUUUUUGAAGUCAUUUUUUAAAAUAUUUUAUUUGUCUGUUGUUUUUGUUUCACAUAAUUGUGAUAUCCUAUAGAAAUCAGAAGUUUUGUUAUACAAAAAAUCUUAUAAUUAGUCUGUAAUGACUACACUUUACAUGGGGAAUGACCAAAUGUAAUUUAUAUAUACCUUUGGUAUAACCUUGAUUUGUGAGCCGUCAGUUUAAAAUUUACAUUUUUUUAGUUAAGAUAUAAAUCUAAAAACGUGCAGAGCAUUUUUAAUAACUUUAAAUUUUUUUAAAAACAAGAUAUGGCCUUUGUUUGUGAUAAAAAAAAGUUUUUCCUCUAAAUUUGCAACACGCAGAAAUUUUUUUUUUUGUGUGUGUGUGUGAUUAUUUUGAUAUAUUUUUCUCCUGAUUUUUUUAAAAACUACGUAAUUGAUGUUCAUCUUAAUGUUUUAGUAAUAAUAUAAUAGUUUAUAAUAAUAAUUUUAAGGUGCUUUGUGUUUUAGAAUUAAUCCUAUGACUUGAUAGUAUUUUUCUGUUUUUCACUUGUAUAUUUCUUUGUUUCUUGAAAAGAGUUUCAUAAAGUUCCCUAUUAACGUGAGUUUCCUUUAUUUCUGAACCUUUUAAUGCCCAUUUUAUUAGGGAAAUAUUUAUUGGUAUACUGUUAGAUUAUAUCUAUGAAUAACUUGUGAAGGGUUAUAUUGAUGUUUUUGAUAAAACAGAAGUGUUUGAGAAGUUAUUUUGUAUGAUUAUUUUUCAAGUUCAAAUGAAAUAUAUUGCAUUUUUAUAAAAUAUAGUAUUUCCUACUCUUGAUAUGUAAUAAUUUAUUAGUUAGGCAAAAUAAAGCAACCUAUUUUAAAUUGUAUGAUUUCAAGAAAUUUUUUGCUUCUCGAUUGUUGAAACAAUAUUUCUUUUUGAACUCGAAUUAAAGAGAAACGGUUGAAUUUUUUAAAUGUAAUUAUAUUAUUGCUAUAUUCAGUUCUAUUUUUCAAUAAACAUUAAACUUCCAUUGAUUUUAAACACUUUAUUUACUACUGUUUUGCUUAAAAUGCUUUUUUUUCCUUAAUAGGAAAAGUUAUAAUUUAACGAAUAGCUAUAAUUUAAUCAAAAAAUGAACUUGUACUUCGUAAACUAAUGUUCUAAAAGUUUGGCAAUAUUAUACAAGAUUCUAACUACUGAAGAUGAGAUUGUUUUUAAAAUUUACAUGUUACAAUAAACUCAUAGUUUAUAAGAACUUAAAUGUAAUUUUUAUCACCUUCCCUUAAAAUUAAAUAACAUUUUAUGUCACUUUUUUUGUGUGCUUAAUUUCACUGUGGUCUCAUAUGAAUUACUAACUACACAGCAAAGUGAAUAUGCACCUUGUAAUUUUAGCGUUUUGAAAAUUUCUAUUGCACAUUUAUGGAAAGAAAUGAUUACUGGAAAUAUUAUGUGUAUAAACAUUUUUAAAUUUAAAUCUGGCAAAAAUUAUGAAGUACGCAUUGAUAUAAAAUAUCUUCAACAAUAAUUGUGGUGUAGUUACGAUUUUAGUUUUUAUCUAGUGUUUUGAAAAGUGUUUACAAAAUGUUUGCAGCUGUCAAGUUUCUCAAAUUGUAGAAUUAGGAGAAGUGAAAAAUUUUAUCUUUACUUUUUUAAUUAAGAAGAAUUAUAUCUUUUUUUCAUCUGAUUGAUUACAUAUAUUUAUGUUUUAAUCUUUUUUGAGCACAAGAAAUUUUAUAAAUUUGCUUACUAAUAGUUUUGACUAAAUAAAUAUUUUUUGCUUCACAUUGAAGUGUAUUUUGUAAUCUUUUUUGAACAAAGAAUAUUUUGGUUCUUUUAUACUAUUUUGGAAUAGUUUUGUAAAGAGGCAUUCUUUUAUUGUACCUUAGAAGUAUUUUCGAACUAGCAAUAAAUUACUUAUUGUAGUGUGUUCAUUAGAAAUAACAUUUUAUUUUUAGAUGUGCAUAUUUUAUUGUAUUAUUUAAAUAUGUCCUUCAUGUCAUUGUGUUAUCAGUAAUUCUAACAUAAAUUUAUGCAGCUAUAUUU